AUGAUAGUUGCGAUACGUCAGAUGAAGAACGAAGCUAGAUUGCAGGACUCUUUUAAGGAAAAGCUGCGAGUGCUUCAAAGAGGAGAUGUUGUGCAAGAAAUACUAAGCAACAUCUCUGGUAUUGAUGUUCUUUUUGUGAGAUGUCUCGGUUUAGGUUCCGUUUCUGUCUCAUACUUAGCGAUGUAUCAACUCUGUCUGCUUAAGCUUGUAGUAGAUUACUUAAAUCAGAAUCUGAAUGAAAGAAACAAGGAAGAGUCUGAGAUGGUGGAAAUCAAAGUAAGUCUAUGGGACCCAGUCUUUUCUCAUGAAGACAAAGAGUUUUUCGAAAACCACCUCAAAUACACCGUUGAGGAAGAGUUUAAGUGUGAUCCAUCAAGUGUGCUGUACUAUAUGCCACACUUCCCAGUUUCGAUUUUUGAGUCCGUGUUGACUGAAGAAAAACCAAAGUUUAUUCUAGCCAAUGAUCUCACAGCUUACGCCAUCAAAUUUCCUGAAACUAAAUACUUUAGCCAAUAUCCAAAUUGUGCUCGUUUGACGAAGCUUAUAACAAAUAAAGCAAAAGAAGAAUCGGUUGAGAAAGAAAACUGUACAGCUGUGAAACCACCAGAUGAUGGAUUUCAAAUAGUCAAGAAAAAAAACAGAAAGAAGAAAAACUCCUUGGUUUAUCAACCUCCUGUUAUCGACUAUGGCUUUGAAACUGCAUACUUCAAGAAGGUGAAAUCUAGUAUUAUUAGAGAAGGAAACAACACUGAUAAUCCAUGGUCUUCAGCCUUUACAGACAUGUCUUUUAUGGUGAUUGAUUAG